AUGCAUAUCAAUCGUGGAUUUACAAACGAGGGUGACAGAAUUAUGGAUUACUUGGAACAUGGCAUUUUUGAUGCACUGCAGAAGCAAUACCUGCGAAGAUUCAUAUUCGCUAUAUACUUGGAUAGCAAAGAUCCCAACAACAUCAUUGAGGCAUAUACCUUCAACUUUGAUUAUUAUACAAUAGCAGGAAGCAACGUCACUGUGCCAAUCAUGUCUUUGGGAGACCAGCUUUCAAAUAUGUCUCUAAAGGUCACUUCAAAAUCAGCUGAUCCAUUGACUGAAGCUAUCAAGGGAGGGAAGGUUCCCACACUUGGUGAAGUAAAGAAGAGUUUAAAAACUUUAGUCACAACGAUUGCAUCAAUGGAGUCCUUACCUAAGUGCCGCUAUGGAAAUUUCAAGCUUUUUUUCAACGAGAAUACUCCUGACGAUUAUCAACCUAAGUAUUUCCAUGCUGGCGACGUUAACAAGGAUAAAUGGUUUUUUACAACACAUCGUCGCAACGAGAUACCCGAGAAGUGUAGUGUCGGGGAUUUGCAAACAGGAUGGCAUGGCGUCAACUUGAAAGUAGUCUCCGUGUCCUCAUACUUGCCUUCUUCUACUUCUAUUGAAGAUAACAAUGUUUUGUUUACUGGAGUCACUUCCCAGUCGGCCCCACGGCUCACACCUGUCGAAGAGGCUGAGAUUAGAGCUCAGGAUGCAAAGCUACAAAUGAAGGAUGCUCUUGAACGCAACAUCGUUUGGGACGCGGAUGACGGGGAGGUAGACGCUGAAGGAGAGGAAGUGGGCGAUGAUUUGAUAGUGCUAAAUAGGAUCACCAAUGGUAUAUCCAUGGUACCUAUUGGCCUGCGAACUGAGUGCGGAGAAAUUGCACCAUUGGAUACUGGUAUCAAUCUCUCAUCUGGUCCAGUACAAGCGGAAGUGCAAUUUAGUGGCCGGAUAGAACAUACACCCCGGCAUGUGGGUGAACUAAAGUCCAAGUUGUCUGGAAUGGAAAUAGAACAGACUCAAUUAAUUUCGCCCAUUGUUACACAAAAACCCACCUUUCGCUCAGGCAGCCCAAUGGAUCGUUCAAUUGGUAGAUCGUUACCACCUUCGGAUAUGGCUGAGUUUCGCAAUGCAGAGAUGCUAGAUAUGGAGACGCAGGUUGUACCUGAUCUAGACCCCAUCGAACCUUUUGAAAGUCAAGAUAACGCAAUGGAUGAAAUCACACCUGAACCGGAACUAAAAUCGCUUAGAAAGAGAAAAGCAGAACCGGGGGUUUCUAGAAUUCUUCGGAUUAAUUAUUUUUCACGUAGAUGGAAGAUGACGGGUGUUGCUUCUGUGAAGCACCUCUUUUCACCCUUAAAAUCCGAUGCCAUCAGGUGUUUAGGGUAUCACUCCCCGGAUGAUGUGCGCCUCCCAUCUCAAUUUGUUUGUUUUGACUGUCGCCUACGUGCGGGUCGAGACUGGGAUAUCAUCGCCGGCAAACUACAUACCGACAUGAUCACGCGAUACAAGGACAUCGCCCUCUUCAGGAGGGCUAUCAAAACAUUUGAAGUGUAUAAACCUGUGACAGCCUUACAAUUCAGGGAGCGUAUUGGAUGUGACCCGGGCCUCGCCAGUCAGUUGCUAACAAGGUUGGAAGUAGAAGGUUUCGUAGCGACGGAAUUGAUAAUCAAGGAUGCCAUCGGUUUCACGGCCACACGUUCACGUGCCAAAAAGACUAAACAAACUCCAAGGAGCAAGCCGCCGAAGAAAGAGCUGCAAAAAACUAGAUAUGCGUUCGUUCAUACUUCGAAGAAGAGCCAAGCGUAUUCGAAUUACUUCGAUCCACGCCCUGAAAUUGAGAAUUGGUUGAUGGGUUUAACACAGGCGCACAAGGCAGGAGGACCAGAUAAAAACGCGGAGAGAAACAGUACAUGUUUUGGUAUCAAUACAUCUGAACGCGAAUCCUUUACUGCAUCACCUCGAGCCAAUGGUAUAGACUCGCAGACACAAGAGGAAACGCAGGACUUCCUGGCCUUGACCGUUACGCGUAAAUCUGAGGUAGAGCUCAGACGAAAGAUAGUCAUGGCAGCAUCAGGGAAGGCAAAAAGGAUCAAGGUCUCCCUCGGCUCUGGUGUCGAUCUAUGCGACUAG